UCGCCCCGCCUCGCUCUCCGUCUGCGCAGGCGCAGUUGAGGCAGCGCGCCUGCGCCUUCUCAGGGCUCAGUGGUGUGUCAGCAGAUUCGUCACAAGCGGCCCGCGGGACUGGCCCCGGAGUUUCUAAAACAGCCUGACCACAGGAUGGAUCCAGCGCCCUCUGUGGUCCGUCUUGCUGUUUGUGAUGCCAUCCAUACCCUUGCGUCCUCUGAGGAUGGCGGCUGCAUCUUCUCUGUCUUGGGGUCCCUGAAGCACUACCUUGGUGAAGCAGAGGCCCUCCCUAGAGAGAGGGAGGAGUUUGCCAGGUUCCACUUCUCUCCCCUCCUCAGAUGUCUGGUCAGCAAGCUGAGCCCCGACUGGCUGGAGCUGUUACCUGCUGGCCAGCUGGAGGAGCUGUGGGCUAGCUUCUUCCUGGAGGGUCCGGCUGACCAGGCCUUCCUGGUGCUGAUGGAGGCUAUCGAGGGCACUGCUGGCCCCAGCUACCGUCUCAUGAAGCUGGCGCAACUGCUGGAGCGGUUCCUGCACGCUGGCAGGGUGGCGGUGCUGUUGGGGGAGCAGUGUCAGCAGCAGGCACAGCCCGGCACCCCCCUGCUCCAGGAGAUGCUGCUUGGCAAGGUGGUAUGUCUGCCUGACUACCUGAGCAACCGCCUGCAGCAUGAGAAUCUGGCCCUGUUCCUCCCGCAGAGGUAUUUCCCUCUGCUUGCUGAGGAGCUCGUCCGUGCGCUACGCAUUGUGGCAGACACUCUUCGAGGUGGUGGGGUGUCUUUCACGUCCUCACUGCUGGCUCCCUCUGUCCCAGGCGGAGUGAACUGCUCUGUCACCUUCGUGUCUCAAGUGCUAGGGAAGGUUUGCAUCCACGGGAGGCAGAAGGAGCUCCUGGGUGUGCUGGUACCCCGCCUGGCUGGACUCAUGCAGGAUGACAGGCUUUGGCAGCAGGUGUGCUGGCGUCUGGUGGAGUGCGUGCCUGACCGGGCUGUGGAGGCCAUGCUGAUGGGGCUCGUGGAGGCUGCCCCGGGGCCAGAGGUCCUGUCACAAUUGUUGGGGAACCUAGUGAUGAAAAAUAAGAAGGCCCAGUUUGUGAUGACCCGGAAGCUUUUGUUCUUACAGCAUCGGUGCACGAUGCCCAUGCUGCAGAGCCUCCUGGGGUACCUGGCUGCGGAUAGCCAGCGGCGACCUCUCCUCGUGCAGGUGCUGAAGGAGCUCCUGGAGAUGUGGGGCAGCAGUAGUGUCGUGAGACAUGCGCCAGUGCCGCAGCAGCACCACAUUGGCAAGGCCAUCCUCAUGUGCCUAGUGUACCUGGGGGAGGCGGAGCUCCAGGACAUCCGGGAAGAGCUGCUGGCCAGCAUGAUGGCAGGGGUGCAGAGCCACCUGGACAGCAGCUUGCCACCUGUGCGUCGCUUGGGCAUGGUGGUGGCCGAGGUCCUGAGCGCCCGCCUACACCCUGAAGGCCCGCCCCUCAAGUUCCAGUACGAGAAGGAUGAGCUGACCUGUGAGAUGCUGGCCUUGGUGGCUCCCCGGCCUGCAGAUGGUGGCCCCUCCACUUUGGGCCUGUCUGCGGCAUCGGUUGCCACAGAGACCCCUGCUGACGGUAGCUGGGAUGUUAGCACGGCACCUGUGCAACCUGAGGGGGCUGAUCCUGAGCUGGACAGUGAUGAUGAGUUUGUCCCUUAUGACAUGUCAGGGGACAAGGAGCUGAGGAGCAGCAAGGCACCUGCAUACAUCCGGGACUGUCUGGAAGCCCUGAUGACAUCAGAGGACCGGGAGCGCUGGGAGGCAGCCCUGCGGGUGCUGGAGGGCCUGGUCUACCGGAGCCCUGUGGCCACCCGGGAGGUGAGCGUGGAGUUGGCCCAGGUGCUGCUGCACCUGGAGGAGAAGAGCUUCGUGGCAGGCUUCGAAGCACUGUGCCGUGGAGCCCUGGUCGCCGUCACAGUGACAGACCCGGCCAGGGUGGCAGAGUACCUGACCACACAGUUCUACGCUCUCAACUACAGCCUGCGGCAGCGCAUAGACAUCCUGGACGUCCUGACUCUCGCCGCCCAGGAGCUGUCUCGACCUGGGUGCCAUAGCACGGCUCUCCAGUGGAGUCCCCCAAGUCUCGGGGUCCAGGGCGAGUCAGCCUUGGCUGCCUCUCAGCUUAGUGGUGUGGUGCCUACGGACUGGAAGGCAGUCGUGGAGCUACGGAUCAGAAGCAAGACCCGGCGAUUCUCUAAGGCCUCCUCCAGGCUGGACCCGGCAUGUGGCCCCAACAAGUUCAACGCUGUGGCUGGCUGCUUCUUCUUUCCCCUCAUCCAGCGCUUUGACAGACCUAUGGCAACCUUUGAUCUUUUGGGAGAUGACCACCUGGUCCUGGGCAGGCUGACCCACACUCUCGGGGCCCUGAUGUACCUGGCUGUGAACACCACGGUGGCCGUGUCCAUGGGGAAGGCCCUGCUGGAGUUCGUGUGGGCCCUUCGCUUCCACGCUGACGCCUAUGUGCGCCAGGGCUUGCUGUCUGCUGUCACAGCCAUCCUGCUCAGUGUGCCUGCAGAGCGGCUGCUGGGGGAGCUGUCGGAGGAGGUGCUGGAGGCCCGGGCCUGGCUAGCAGACAUGGCUGAAGAGGACCCUGAUGGGGAGUGCAGGGCACUGGCCGUGAGGGCGCUGCUGCUUGCUGAGAAGCUCAGGGACAGGCUUCUCCCACACCCUUCUCCCUAGACCUGCUGCAGGCCACCCAGCCUGCAGGAGCCCAUCAGGCUUGCAGGGACCUACCCGGCCCACAGGAGUCAACUUUGCCUCCAGGAGCCCACCUCACCUCCAGGAGCCCACCUGGAUGCCGGCCAGUGCUGUGGGAGAAGUGGAUGGUUGAGGUCAUGCAAAGCACCAGAGAGCUGCGCAGUGCCCCUGCAGCCACGUGGGACCUCGUGUACAAACUCAGGCCUGCCGCGGUGCUUGACUGCUAUCUAUAGCCUCACAGGCCAAGUAGUUGGCUAAAAACAUGCAGGAACCUCUCCCCAGGACAGGAGGUCUAGUGGGCACCAUCUUCCCUGAAGGGUUCCGUGCACGGACACCCAGGCAGAGUGCCGUCAGUGUGUGACCGGGUGCAAGACUAGACACCGUGGUCCAAGGAGGGGCCUGGCAAGUCUGCAGGACACAAGGCCUGCCACGGUGAGACGCAGCCAUGGCCACACGGGGGCACUGCUGCCCAGAACCCCAAACUCCCUCCUGGGUGCAUUUCAUACUUGGUUCCUUACCUGCUGUGUUUCUUGGCCUCUCUCUCACCUAAAGGCAGGCGAACUUAAAGAAAAGCAAGGAGGAAUAGAAAGGAGGUGGGGGGAGCAAGUAGCUUUCUUGCUUUUGGGUUCUGGCUGCUGGGCAGGCUCUGGGUUGCCAUGCCGUGUCCUGAAGGGGGUGCCCCAAGAGGCAGGAAGGGAGGCAGGGCACAGAGUUUGGACAAAAUAAACUUUAUUGCAGUUGUAGAAAA